CUUUUUUUUGGUUUAUGUGCAAGGCAAGAAUGUUCCGCAAAUAAUGCUUUCUUUAUUGCCCACAGUGUGAAUCCGUGGGAAAAAAAAAAAAAUAAUUUGAACCACAGUUGAAACAUAAUCCUUUCUAUUGCAGAAAAAUGUGGAUGUGCGGAAGUCUUUAAAAAAUAAUCGGGAGGACUAGUUAGUUACUUGGCAGAAUUUAUACAGCAUUUGCUAAUUGAAAAUUUCUGUUUCAAUAGAGAAAAGCAUACAGAAAGGCUUACAGGUUGGUUAAAAACCUGGAAGAAAAUUUAUAUACACAUUUGUUUAUAAUCCUUGCAAAAGUGCUAUCAGCAGUGGUCAAGAAGAAGAAAAUUGUCUGCUUUACACUUCUCAGAGAAGUGUUAUUUGUUAAGAUCCUACUGAGUGGAGGAUGGAGGGAAGACUUUCUUGUUCACAAGUUGAUAUAUCGUGACAUGCUUGGAAUUAUAUUAAGUUUCACAAGAUGCGGCUUUGGACGCUUUCAGAUUGUUUUUAUCUUCUUUUCAUAAUUGUGCUCUGGUUCUGAGUUGUGUGCUCUGUGGUACCUCAUCAGUGACGCUGCUGCGGGUCCUCAUAUGCUUUAAGCAUCGGAAAAGGGAAUACUGUUGUUCAUGAGGAGCAGUCCCAUUUGUUUGUUUCUGUCCUCCUGUGCCAUCUAUUGUUUGUAAUGGCUUAAGCAUGUAGCUUCAUGGCAAAGCAGAUUGAGGAACUGAUCCUACUUAGAACAAUCUUUCUUUGAAGUGUAUUUCAACAUAUACCCUCCUGUUGAAUCUGUCACUUUCAUUGCCUUUGAGAAGGCAAAAAGUGUGAGACAAUGUAAGAAAGUGACUUUAAAUUGUUCUUUCAGCUGCAGUUCUUGUAAAAACUGCUUUUAUAUAUCUUUUCAGUGCGAAAGCUAAAUUCAAAUAAUGAUGUCUUGAGUGAAAUGAGUAAGAAUUGGCUGCUGGAUGACAAACUGUUUCUGUUAAGGCACCUGCUUUGGUCCAUACCUGAGAGAGUGGGGUGUUUGUAAGUCUUUCAGAUGGUUUUAAAGGGAAGAGAGAAUUUGUGGAAACAAACAAAAGCUUGAAAAGAAACGUGUGGUGCUAAAUGAGCUUGACACUGAGGUGCUUCAGCAAAUACGGGAAUUGAAGCAGGACCCUGCUGGGAGCGACUGCAGAAUGGGACCUGUGGUGUUCCACUGGGAGAUUGCUGGUCUCCGCUUUGUAUUCUAAACCGUGUUGUUGCCAUGAGUAGUAAGAUUCACUGUGUAUCUUGCUCGAGUGACUCAGUCUAAUGAACACAAUUUGUUUCAAUGUAGGAUAAAAGGUGUCUUUAUAUUUUUUUUUUUUAUUGUGUAUGAAGAUGGUGCAUCAUAUUGCUCCUAAGUUCUGCUGCUGAAGUAACUUGCAACUGCGUUUAUAAACCACCCUUCCUUUCCUUCCCUUUGUCUCCUUAUUAAUACUUUCUCUGUUCUGAAAUAGGUCGUAGGUUUCUUCUUGUUAAGCAUCUAAACACAUCUGAUACAUGUGUGUAAAUCCUAUGACCUUCUGUGUUUGUGUAGUAUCAUCACAUAUUGACCGUGCUUUGAUAACCUGAAUUUCCAGAUGCUGUAUAAUCAUCAGCUGUUCACUUGUGGCUACGUUUUAGCUUUUGUAACCAGGUCAUUUUGAACUAUACAGCUCUCGUGACACAAGUGUCACUUAUAGGUUGUGAGUGCUGCAUGUGUGCUUUUCAGAGCAGUAGUGUGAGGAAGCUGGCAGUGGAAUGGCAGGACGGCCUCAUCCUUAUGAUAGUAACUCCAGUGACCCAGAGAAUUGGGAUCGGAAAUUGCAUAAUAGACCUCGUAAACUUUGUAAACAUUCAAGCACCUCAUCUCGUAUUGCUAAAGGAAUAGACUACACAAAAAUGAGCCUCCAUGGUGCAAGUGGUGGACAUGAGAGAUCAAGGGACAGACGCAGAUCAAGUGACAGAUCUCGUGACUCAUCCCAUGAAAGAGCAGAAUCUCAGCUCACUCCAUGCAUCAGGAAUGUUACUUCACCAACAAGACAGUAUCACUCUGAUCGAGAAAAGGAUCACAGUUCAUCUCGACCAAGCAGCCCUCGUCCUCAGAAGACUUCCCCUAACGGUUCUGUUGUUAGCAUGGGGAACAGCAGCAGAAACAGUAGCCAGUCAAGUUCAGACGGGAGCUGCAAGGCUGGUGGGGAAAUGGUAUUUGUAUAUGAAAAUGGAAAAGAGGGAGCUCGGAAUGUAAGAACUUCUGAACGAGUAACACUCAUAGUGGACAACACCAGAUUUGUUGUAGAUCCUUCUAUCUUUACUGCACAACCUAAUACAAUGUUGGGCAGGAUGUUUGGAUCAGGCAGAGAGCAUAACUUUACACGUCCUAAUGAAAAAGGAGAGUAUGAAGUUGCUGAAGGAAUUGGUUCCACUGUGUUUCGUGCUAUUCUGGAUUACUACAAGACUGGAGUGAUACGCUGCCCUGAUGGGAUAUCUAUUCCUGAAUUAAGAGAAGCGUGUGACUAUCUCUGUAUCUCUUUUGAGUAUAGUACUAUUAAAUGCAGAGAUCUUAGUGCUCUCAUGCAUGAAUUGUCAAAUGAUGGUGCUCGCAAACAAUUUGAAUUUUAUCUAGAAGAAAUGAUUCUCCCAUUAAUGGUAGCCAGUGCCCAAAGUGGUGAGAGGGAGUGCCACAUUGUUGUGCUGACAGAUGAUGAUGUUGUUGACUGGGAUGAAGAGUAUCCUCCACAAAUGGGAGAGGAGUAUUCACAAAUUAUUUACAGCACGAAGUUGUAUAGAUUCUUCAAAUACAUUGAAAAUCGAGAUGUGGCUAAAUCAGUUCUGAAGGAAAGGGGGCUCAAGAAGAUCCGACUGGGCAUUGAAGGUUACCCUACAUACAAAGAGAAAGUGAAAAAGCGGCCGGGCGGAAGGCCGGAGGUGAUUUACAACUAUGUCCAGAGACCGUUUAUUCGGAUGUCGUGGGAGAAGGAGGAAGGAAAGAGCCGGCAUGUUGACUUUCAGUGUGUGAAAAGCAAAUCCAUCACAAAUCUGGCAGCGGCGGCAGCAGACAUACCCCAGGACCAGCUGGUGGUAAUGCAUCCUACCCCCCAGGUGGAUGAGCUGGAUAUUCUGCCUAUUCAUCCCCCGCCCAGCAACAGCGAGGUGGAUACCGAGGGACAAAACCCGCCCCUCUGAUCCAGACUCUUAGGAAAACAAAAGCAUGCUACUUUAAAGUGACUCUGUACUCAGCUCAUACUACACUGCAAGUCCAGUUUUUUCCAUUGUGUAACAGUGUUUAGGAUAUUGCAGUACCGACCUUGGAAAAGACCACAGGGAGGGGAGUACCCAAUUGUUUUUGAGAGAGUACAGAUCAAAGGUCCCGGGGUUACGGUUACAUACGUGUAUGUGUUUACCAGUAGGUUUGUGACAUUGGUGACUUGUAUGCUGGACUGUCCUCACUCUGAAGCCCACCAAAAGCAAUGGGAUGCUGGUGGCUAGUUGUGCAUCAGCAUUGGUACAUGGGGGUUAGAACGCAGAAUUGGAAUUGAUAGUAGCACUUUAUAAAGGGUUGCGAAAUGGAAUUUGAAGCCAUUUUUUAUAAAUGUGUUGCACAAUACUAACAAAGUGCUUCUAUCAAAAGUAUUAACUGUAAAUAGUUUUGCUCUGAAUAGAUUGACCCUUUUAAAGUUACUGUAUAUGGUUGAGCACAAAACUACUUACUCUUGGGUUUUUGGAUUGAGGACAUGAUUCAAUUACCCAUGUAACAUCUUGUUGAACUCAGAGUUCUUUAGUGAAUUUUUUCACUUGUUUGCAGCGUGAGCCAUGUUCAAAAAUUGUGAACAAUGCAGAGGGGCUUUAUCUUAAAUUUUGCCUUACCUUAAUCUGUUCACAAAUAUUUAUUUAAUACAUUUUUCAUAAGUGUCACAAAAUAGGAAAUGCAAAUGGUUCAUUCUUCAUUU